AUGAGGCAGUUGAAGCAUCAUGAGAAACGCCUGCUGAAGAAGGUGGACUUCUACAACUGGAAGAAGGAGCAGAAUGUGCGCGAGAUCAAAGUGUUGCGUCGAUACCUCAUUCAGGAUCGUGAAGACUACCAUAAGUACAACAAGCUCUGCGGUGUAGUAACGAAGCUGACGUCGCAGCUGCGCAAGCUGCCUGAGGAAGAUGCGUUCCGCGUGAAGAUGACAGAACUCCUGCUGGAUAAGCUGUACAACAUGGGCGUGAUAAGCAAGAAGAGUAGCUUGGCGCAGUGCGAGGGCUUGUCUGCCGCGAGCUUCUGUCGCCGGCGCCUGGCAGUCGUCCUGGUCCAGCUCAAGUUCUGUGAACAUCUCAAGCAGGCCACGUCGUACAUCGAGCAAGGCCAUGUCCGCGUGGGCUCCGAGGUGUGUCUCAACCCCGCCUUGCAUGUGACGAGAGAGCAAGAGGACCUCAUUGGCUGGUCGCAAGGAUCCGCGAUUCAGCGACACGUCAAACAGUUCAAUCAAACGCUAGAUGACUUUGAGCUGCUGGUCGCCUAA